AUGUACAACGUAGGUAGGUCACUGAGGACGCGGUACCACAAGCUCAUUCCUCGGUACCACAAGAACAUCGUGUCUGUGACUUCCUCAGAGUCCUCGAGGGCGGCGGAGAGCGCCUCGUAUGUGGCCGCAGGCAUGUUCCACCCCGACACCGAGCCAGUGUUUGACAAGAAGGAGGGAAGCACCACCUGGAGGCGUGUACCUAUCUGGGAGAACGCACUGUUCGACAAACACAAGCUGUUUAGUCAGAAAAGAGACCGAAGCCAAUGUCCAAAAUUUACCGCAAUGCGAGAACAAGUAAAAGCAGAAGAAAAAAGUAGAGCAUCGCCAACGAGAAAAGAAUUCUACAGAAUAAUAAAUGAAAUGAUACUUAUAGUUUAUAAUCAGUCUGAAUUCAUCAACUCAUUUAUGGACAACUCCAAGGCGUAUGAUACAUUUCAGGCUUGGAUUCUAGACGACCAAGAAGUUCCUUCUUGGAUAGUAAAAGUUUUCCCUGUGUUGGAGAAAAUGAAACAGCUUCGUAUGUGGAUACAUAUACAUAGCAAACCAAACAUGAUGAGAUUUCUAACAGGAACCUUAUUGAAUCAGAUGUUCAUCGAGAUGGACGAUGCCUCUAAAAGCAGCAGUUUGAAGGUCCAUUUCCAUGGUUCUCAUGAUAUACCUGUUUGUGCCUUGGUGUGGGGAAUCGUCCAUGAUGAGAAGUACUUGGCGCUCCCUGGAGAUACGGUAGUUGUGGAGAUGACUGCAGACGGAUUAGUCAAGGUAUACCUUUAUGUACCGUUGAAGAAGGACCGGAGAGAAAGAUUCCAAAUCCUCUCUUUAGAAUCCCUCUGUGGAAAAGAAGAUUGUAGCUUGGUAGAAUUCAAAAAUGCACUGAAAGAACUAACUUUUGAUGAAGAUCAGUGGAAGCAGAUUUGCAACGAUAAGUCAGGCGUUGACCCUGAAUAUAGAACGUUACCUCAGGAUAUCGAUGACGAAGAUUUAAUUAUCAUGAACGAAGCUAUGUCUUACUUAAAAAAUGUUACCCUAUAA